AUGUUUAUACCGAUAACACACUUUACAUAUAAAGAAGCGAUCGGGAAAGCAAAUUGUUUUCAUGACAAGGGACAUGGUGCGAAAUGUUCUGUGUCGAGUUAUCCAUUCAUGGCGGCAUUUGGGAUCGUCCAGACUAUGCUUAGUCAGAUUCCUAGCUUUCACAAGCUCUCUUUUCUCUCCAUUAUCGCCACCGUUAUGUCCUUCUCUUAUGCGUCUAUCGGAAUUGGUUUAGCCAUGGCCGUUGUGGCAAGUGGGAACGGUAAGGUUGGUAAGACGGGGGUGACGGGCACAGUGGUUGGAGUGGACGUAACCGCGUCUGACAAAAUAUGGAAGUCGUUUCAAGCGACUGGAGACAUUGCCUUUUCGUACGCUUAUUCCAGUAUUCUCGUUGAGAUUCAGGAUACAUUGAGAUCAAGCCCGCCAGAGAACAGAGUAAUGAAAAAAGCAAGCCUUGCUGGAGUCUCAACUACAACUUUUAUCUACAUGUUAUGUGGCUGCAUCGGAUACGCUGCAUUUGGAAACAAAGCCCCUGGAGACUUCCUUACCGACUUUUUUUAUGAACCUUACUGGCUCAUCGAUUUUGCCAAUGCUUGCAUCGUCCUCCACCUAAUAGCAGCCUAUCAGGUGUUUGCACAACCAAUAUUCCAAUUUGUUGAGAACGAAUGCAAAAAAGCAUGGCCAGAAAACAAUUUCAUCACCAAAGAACAUUCGAUGAACAUACCAUUCCUCGGAAAAUGGCGCAUCAACUUUUUCAGACUGGUGUGGAGGACAGCUUAUGUGAUUUUGACAACAGUUGUAGCAAUGAUAUUCCCCUUCUUCAACUCGAUCUUGGGCCUUAUCGGGGCCGCCGCAUUCUGGCCGCUAACGGUUUACUUCCCUGUGGAGAUGCACAUCUCGCAGAGAAAGAUUAAGAAGUAUUCUAUGAGAUGGAUCGGGUUGAAACUCCUUGUAUUGGUUUGUUUGAUUGUUACUCUCCUAGCCGCAAUAGGAUCCAUCGUCGGCUUGAUGAAAAGUGUCAUGGCAUACAAGCAUUUCCACAGUUAAGAUUAGUUUCUCGUAACUUAAGCUAUCUGAAUUUUGUGGGAACUAUUUCUUUCAAGACAAAACAGUUGGUAUUUACUACCGCUACAUAUUGUUGUGCAUGUCUGUCUCGUGCGUCUUAUAUAAUU